CUGGACCCGUGCCUGCUGACGCGUCAACAGCGGCGACUGUGCGUGCGUGCGUGUGCGCGACUGCGUGUGCUUGCGGCGAAAUUGCGGGCCCCAUGCUGCAACAGUGUGCGGCCGAGCUGCGCGCGCCUCAUACACACCGUGCUAUUCUUGCGCUGCAGCCUUCCGUCGCCUGCGCAACAAUCUUCUGCGACUGUGGCUAGCGACCCGCUGGUUGCCUCCCGGCACCUGUCACCGCGCCAACAAGUCUGCGCGAGCCGAGGAACAUCUUUAGUUGAGGCUAGAGGCGCGGCCUCCGAUGAGCACACUGCUGGCGAGCGUCCUGCUGCUGCUGUCCACGGUCGCGGCUGCUCAGAAGUGCCCUACGGACUGCGAGUGCGGGCCCGGCGGGCUGCGCGUCGACUGUCCCCACCUGUCGGCCAUCCCCGCCGAGCUGCCGGAGGGCGCGCUGCUGGUGAACGUGUCUGGCUGCGGGGGCGAGGGCGGGGGCGGCGCCGGCCUGCAGGCGCUGCUGCCCGGUGCGCCCGCCGCCGCCGCCGUGCGCGUGCUCUACCUGCAGGGCUGCCACCUCGAUGCCGUGCCCGAGCAAGCCUUCCACGCCUGGCACCAGCUAUGGUGGCUGUCUCUUGCUCGAAACUCAAUCCAACGUAUUGAUGAACGUGCUUUCAUUGGAGCAUUAAGACUUGAAUCUCUAACGUUGAGCGAUAAUCCCCUGGGUCCGUAUCCACCAAGACUGGAAGACAUACCCAGCCUCCGUGUUAUGCAGCUGCAGCGAUGUAACAUUUCAGAGAUCCCUGUACCAGACUCAUUUCUGGGUGACUGCUGUCCCCUGAUGACUGAACUCUGGUUGUCAUACAAUCUAAUCAGUCAUAUACCAAAUGGAUCAUUCACAGAGCUUCCAGGGUUACAGUACCUCUAUCUUUCCAACAACAGGCUUAUCAACAUUGAAAGUGGUGCACUCAAUCCAUUGAACCAGUUGCUUGUGCUUGACCUCUCAAGUAAUCUGCUACAGGAACUCAAUGUUGACCUAUUUGUUCAACAAACCAGUUUAGAUGUGUUAUAUCUCUCUCACAACAGACUUGAAAGUCUUGAGAUAGGUAUCUUCAGUCCACUUAUGAAUUUACGUGUUCUUCACUUAGAUCAUAAUAAAAUAAGAGAGAUCAAUCCGGGGCUCUUUACUGGAUUGGGUGGUCUAAAGAAGCUCUACCUGGAGAAUAAUGAUGUAGAAGACGUAUCAUUUACAUCUUUUGAAGAACUGAGUAAUCUCACUCAUCUGUACCUGGCAAACAAUGCAUUCCCAGUGCUCAGUGUAUGUUCCCUGCGUGGUUUAGUGCAAUUACAGUACCUGAGACUUUUUGGUGGGCUGCUGCAGUCUGACUGCAAUCUUUGGAACCUGCACCGAUGGACAUCAGACCGCGGAAUUAACCUCCUGGCACCCUCCGUGACUGACGUGACGCAGACAUGUAACAUUACCGUGUGCCCAAUGCCUGAAGAACUACAUGAAACCUUCUUUGACUGGCAGUCCACUGUUGGUCUAACUCUUUUGAUCGGAGUUCCCCUAGCAGUGAUCGCAAUUGCAGCAGCUGCCACAGUAGCUUGUUGCCGCAGAAGGAACUGUAAACGAACGGGACCGGCCCGCUACACCAGUCCUGAUGCAGGUUAUGACACAGUUGCAGAAUCUAGCCGUAGUACGACAGAGACAGAUGCCACAAUUAUUAGAACUAUUGGGCCGAGGUACGGUCGUGAAUUUUGUGGCAGUGGUAGUGUUUCUUACCCUGGACCGGCUGCAGGGGUGGCAGUGGCUGCAUACAGCACUUCUGAGGAUGAAGAAGAGGCUCUGCUUACCCACAGGCAGAGGCACCGGCCGCCACAGCACGCUUCCCUAAGGGUCCCCAGGCCUGGUGCAAGACGAGUGCUGCCAAGGCCUGCCUCAUUGCAGGCGGCACCCCCCAACUACCACCUGUCUGACACAGAGCCUCAGUCAUCAACUUUGUCAGACUGCUCUGACUCGGGGAACUAUGAAAUGAGUGGAAUUGCCACAGCUGCUCCAGCUCUUCCACUGCAGCUACCACCGAGGCUGCCUCCGCGACCCCCACCACGAUCAGCUACGACUGUUACUGUAGGUGCUCCAGGAAUGAUCUAUGAAGAUGAUGAGAGGCGAGGCCUUGUUGUGUGACUGCAGCUUUGCUGUAUUACUUGUUUUGCUAACUGCCCUCUCCUCAGAUUGUUUGAAGCAUGUUCACAAUUUGCUGAAGCAAUUUCAGUGUUCCAUUUCAGCUCUUAUCCCAUAUUGAUUAUCAGAAUUUCCCAGAUAAACUUCUUAUAGUUAUCAGUUAAUGGAGUAUUAAUUUAUUUUAACAAAGUUGCAUAUUUUUCUGCGAAUUUGAGUGUUAAGUGUUUUAAGUUUUUGCUCCUAAUGCUUCCUUACUUGUUGUGAGAUGAAUGUUUGUGAAGUGAAAGAAGAUACUUAUUUCAGUGGCCAUUUUGUGAUAGUGUCAGUGCUGAUGAAACUGCUUUUAUCCUUACUGGUCUAUGCAUAUUUCUUCUCUAUUGUGAUGAAUGAAAUUUUUAAAUUCACAUUGUCGCUGUAUGUGUUCGUCAGUGAUUCUUUAUGAGGGUUUCUUCCAUAUGUGAAUGUUUAAUAUAUCUUUACAGAUGUAAAUAAACUUAUCCUUCCAGUUCCUGCUCAAUUAAUGACAGUGUGAUGAAUUCAAAUGUUAAAAUAAUUUUAUCUCUUUUUGUGCAGUAAAUUUUAAAAUAAAGAUUAUUGUUGUAUUUAGAGUGCAAUAUUUUGAUGUUAUUGCUGUAUAUAACAUGGUCUAAUAAGUACCAAGUUCAAGAUGAAGAAAUUUUAUCAUUUUGAAUUUGUUCUGAACUGUAACAAGUUGUCUUGAUCAUAGGAAUAUAGUGGGUUGCAUCAAUGAAGAUGUGUAAUGAUUUCAAUUCACAAUAAGUAUUUGCUAAAAGUAAUUUCUUUGCAACUCCUGUGAUCUACAGAAAAAAAAAUAUUUGAAUGUGACAAAAUCAACAGCUAACCCUGUGCAGGGCUGUGUCAUCAGUGGCCAUGUUUACAGGCAUUUGCUAUGUUUUGUUAAAGAUUUUUACCACAUAUUUUUGUGAUAUAUUUACAAUGACAGUUUUAAAAAAGUUAGAGGAGGUGAUGAGCAUCGGUAAUUGCCAGCAGGUCAUGAGCAUUGUCUGUUUUUAGUUAUCUGAAAACAUUAGAUUGUGUAAAAUUGGUCUUAGUAGUGGUUAUUUGUUUAGGAACGUCUGAUUGCUGAGACGAAUUAGUUUAUAUCUUUGUAGGAUUAGUAAUAUACCAAAUAUUUUAGGUACCCAGUUGUUAGCAGAUAAGACUGAAGAGAUGAGGUGUGCCUGUAGACUUUACUUUGCUUGCCAUUAGUAACACAGUUCUUUUAAUUGAAGAAUCUUGUAAAUAUAGGCACAGACAACUUAUGUAUCCCUGUUGAAUGAAGCUGUCUGUUUUGCCUGCAGUCAGGUGUUUUAUUUAACUGUUAACAUAUUUUCCCUUUUGUCACUGGGUAUGACUUUGCAUAAACAAAUGUAAAUACUUUUCCUGAUGCUGAAUUUGUUGUUCUGUAACAGUAUUUCUUGUAUUGUACAAUUCUGAAGUGCCCUUAUUGUUAGAUUCUUCCUGCCAAACAAUGCGUUUACUAUACAUUUAGAUUGUUGAAGUAUACUGUUGUUGAAUGUGGGAUAUUUUACAAUGUGAUUUUUAUAGUGCCGAAGGGUCUCGAAGUGCAGUGUAUCUCAAUGUACUGAUGGAACUGUGUGCAACAUUUUAACUCAACUUAAAUGUAAGUUAUUGCCUGUUGUGACUUUAAUUUUUGUGUCAGUGACUGAUAACUUUUAAGGUUACUUUCCAUUUUACAAUUUUAAGUGAUAGAUGUGAUAUUAGUUGCUUCUCAUCUGACAGAGAGGCCUUCCUACAAAAUUGUUUUUUAUUCAUAAAGUUUAUUAAUUCUAGUGUUCAAUAUAACAUAUGUUAACUACUUCAAAAUAGAUCUCUAUGGAUCUUCUCUACAUAUUAUUUCUUGUACAAUAUGUGUGUUAUCCAUUUCUAUGUGAAACUGGACUAUUAAUUAUGAAAAUGUAAUUUAUUUUUUAGAUUUGCUAAAAAUUCAGUGUUUCCUUUUUCUGCAGUUUUCGGCAAAGGUAUUUGCUAUGACUGUGAAACAAGCUAAACAAAGAAUUGGCUUGUAUUUCAAGUUCCAUAACCAAUGUCUACAGUAAAUUAUUGCUAUUAAUUUUUCAUACAUGAAAAGAGCAUUGUGAUAUUUUUGGGUCAAACAUUUAUACAGCAGCGCUAUAUGUGAGUGAAAACAAACGACAGUAUAAUUGCAAAGUUUUUCAUAAUGAGAGAGAAUUUCUUUGUUAUUUAACAACUCCAGCUAUAUCAUAUUCUGUUACUGGUUUGACUCAGUAUUACAUUUUAGCAAAUUUUGCUAUAGAAAAUUUGUUAACAAAUAGCCCAUUUGCAUAAGUACCUGUAGAAAGAAAUGUUACUUCUUCCAUAUGUAAUCUAUUUAGGAAAGUAGUUGGUUUUAGAACAUUUGGUAAAUCAUAGAAUUUGUUUGAAUUUUACAGUUCCUAUACUCAUUUAGAAGUAAAAGAAUUUAGAAGCAGUUUUACAUGUUUUUAAUAUGGAUCAGUACUAAAGAAAGAUGAUAGAACUUUGCUCAGAAAGACAAGGCUAUGCAGUGUAGUCUGCGCUGUGAGAAGGUGAUAAUUUUACUCUUUUCAAAUAUUAAUACAAAAGCAAUAAAGAUUUUAAUGUAAAA